AUGGAACAAAUGAGCGACGUGGUCGAGGCAAUGCUCAAGCGUGUCAAGGUGGAUCUGAGUGGUGAUGAGGUCGGCGUUGCCUUGCAGACGUUCAGUGUCCAGCUGUGGGGUGAUGCCCAGCGUCGGGCGGAGUUGCGAACGCAUGCCGCAACAUUGUGCAAGCUUCUGAAGCUGCAGUCAAGGACAGUGGUGCCUGUGGUGGCUUCACUUGGUGCAAAAUUGCACUUCCUUGUACGCGCGGCCAAGGCACAAGGACUGUGUGUCAGCAACAAGCAGGCAUGGUCAUGGGCACUGUUGCCUGUGUGGCGCGCUCAGCAUGUGCCGAAGGUUCAGUGGUUGGAGGACUGUGAAGUGCUCAUAAGCUUCUACCUCUCCUUGAAAAUCAAUACUACCACACUGGAGCGCAAUCUCGGCGAGUUGCUGCAGCAGCUGAACAUGCACUCUGGGCCUUUGACUGAAACUGGCGCAAGCGUAGCAUCAAUCAUGGAAGUGUCGGCCGAGGGUCCUCAGAAAGAAGAGGAGUUUUUCCAUCCUCCAGCAGGACCAGGAGGGCUGCUUGAGCCAAGUGGCUUUGCGGUCAAACGUGCACAGCUGUGGCUGGAGCAUUUUGGACGCCGCUUCCGGCAAACCUAUCGCGCAAAGAAUCCAGAGGCAUCCAAAUCCCAAGGUUCCCAGGAGACCAAGCAUCGCCCCGGCACCUUGGCAUCUAUUGCAGCUGGGCAGGGCUCAGCCACGGCAGCCAUUGUGUCUGCUGCCACACGUCAUGGGAGCAGGAAGUGGGCACCUUCAAGCUUCGUUCCCCCCAUGACCUUGCCCAUGGUUUCUCGGCCGGACACCAUGCAUCUACAUGGCACUCGUUGGGGCCCAGUCGGCUCUAGGGAAGCUCCGCGCAAGGAGUCGGAGGAUGACCUCGUGAAUUUCGAAAAGCGCACGGAACUGAAACGAAAGCGAUUCUUGCAAGCUUUGGCAUGGCAUGAGACUGCCGCCCAGUGCCGGGCUGCCAACGAGCCUGCGUACCAACCCACGGAGCCCAAGCUAGGUGGUCUGCGCUGCAAAGACACACCGUCCGAGUAUUCCACGUUGGUGAACAUCGGCAGAAAGCGGGCAGUGAAGGUUCUUCCCGUCUUCCGCUGGUACAGCGAUGAGCCCGCCAUUGCUCCCAAACCCGGCUUCGUUAUUCUUGGCCUUCACGAUUACAAGGAGGCUGAUGUCAUUGUGCUGCACCGCUUGGCAGACAUUGACACGGUUUGUCAUGAUCAGCUGGUGCUGGGCCCAGCCUUGGCUCUUGUCCACUGCUAUGGUCUGGGAAAGAUUCUAGCAGACAAGCAGGACAUGGUCGCACUCAUGGAGAAUCCCACAGCCGCAAAUGAGCAGCCGAUGUUGUGCUUUGCCGCCUCUGCCCGCAUUAAACUGCUGGGUAUUCAGCUUGAGCGUGAGUUGCCGCAGCUCCUUGCUUGCAUCAGCCCGGUGUGCAUGCUCACGCAGACCGACAGCCCUGUGAAGACCGUGACUUUCCCAAGCUUCUGGGUGGAGUCUGCCAAGAAGGCCAUGGUCUGGGCACGCAGGGAUCAAGUCCUUGAGGUUGGCGGGGCACCGUCCGACAGCGACAAGGCAGUGAAGCUGCUUCUCCGAGCUGCUGCAGAGCAGUUCAAUCAUGCCAUUGAGUGCACCGAUUAUGUCAUCCUUCAGUUGAAGACCAACGACAACGUUGCGGAUGCAAUUUCUCGCGGAGACUUGAUUCUUGAGGAGCUGGACGGGGGCAACAUAUGCUAUGUGGUUUCCUCCUGGUUCUCGCUGUUUGAAGAUAUGCCGUUCCAGAACAAGUCCGAGUGGAUGCUGACCAUUGAGCGUCAGAACCCGUUUGUCCUGGAGGUCCACCCAGACCCGGCACUGCACUUGCAGUCACGCAAGCGCAAGCUGGAAGACCGCAUCGAGGAGCUGAAGCUGGAGCUCGGAGUCGAUCAGCAGAACUUGACGAAGGAUGAGUCGAAGGUCUGCUUGGCAAGGAAGAUCUGCUCUGCGCUGGCCCAGCCCGUGUCCUCAGGAGCUUACAAGGCACGACUGGUGAUCCAGAUUUGUAGGAAGCGCGAUGCCUUUGCCGCCAGCGACGGCAACAUCUUCCUGGAGGUUGGGGUCAAGGUGUGGCAAAAGGCAGGAUGCCUGGAAGCAACCAUGACCCCAGGUCCCAAGGCUCCCACUCCAGGUCAUAAGCAUCCUUGCGCAUUCUUGUGGCCCAUGGCCUGGGCUUCCGUUGGCUAUAUGGCGCUCACCAUGGGCGACUUCCGAGAGUUCUACAGGGAAUAUGGCUCGGACUUGGCAGAGGGUCGCUCGCUUUGUGGAACAUCGACACAGUUCCCAUCCGGCUUUGUGGAGUCCCCCAUGAAGGCCAUGGUCCUGACGCGCAAGGAUCGGGUCCGGCGCUUGGGUGGAGCCCCGUCCGAUGGCGACAAGGCCGUGAAGAUGCAUCUCCGAGCUGCCGGCGAGCGGUUCAAAGAUGCCAUAAAUUGCACCAACUACGUCAUCCUGCACUUGAAGACCAAAGACAACAUUGCAGAUGCCAUCUCUCGUCGUGAGCUGGGGCUUGAGGACGGCGCCUACGUGGUGCGGUCCUGGUGGUCGCCCUACCAGGAACUGCCCUUCAAGGACAAGUCCAAGUGGAUGCUGACUUUGGAGCCGCUUGCUUGCAUCAUGACAUGUCACCAUGGCCUGAGGGACUGGGCUUUGCAAGGCUGCCCUGAGACACCUCUUGCAUUUACUUACUACGUGGCUAUCCCGCUUCCUCAAGCGAUCAAUGCCGUUGCUGACGGCUGCGUUGAUCUCUGCAAGCAGGACACCCAGCCUGUGCUGACUUGCUUGGCCCGCAACUUCAGUGCUGCAGGGCGUGAGAACCCGUUUGUCAUGGACCAGGUCCACACGGACCCGGUGUUUCCAUUGUGUUCUUCCAGCACCACAGCGAUGGGCGUCGGUUUCUUUGCGUACAAGUCCGAACAUCUUCUGCUGCUGGAGAUGAGUGCGCCACAGCUGCUGCAGAAGAAGGCAGCCUUCAGCAUGACGCAAACAUCUACACAGGACGCGGAGCCCAUGAGCAAGUUCAUCCAAGACGCCCAGACACUGCACUUGCAGUCACGCAAGCGCAAGCUGGAAGACCGCAUCGAGGAGCUGAAGCUGGAGCUCGCAUUCAAUCAGCAGAGCUUGACGAAGGCUCAGCGGCAGCUUGCUUCCCUGGCCGAGAGCCAGUCCAGCUGCGACGGCCACAUCUUCCUGGAGGUUGGGGUCAAGGUCCGGCAAAAGGCAGGAUCCUUGCGCAUUCUUCGUGCCAUGGCCUGGGCUUCUGUUGGCUAUAUGUCGCUCACUGUGGCCGACUUCCGAGAGUUCAAAGCAGAAUAUGGCUGGGACUUGGCAGAGGAUCGCUCGCUUUGUGGAACAUCGGCACAGUUCCCAUCCGGCUUUGUGGAGUCCCCCAUGAAGGCCAUGAUCCUGACGCGCAAGGAUCGGGUCCGGCGGUUGGGUGGAGCCCCGUCCGAUGGCGACAAGGCCGUGAAGAUGCAUCUCCGAGCUGCCGGCGAGCGGUUCAAAGAUGCCAUAAAUUGCACCAACUACGUCAUCCUGCACUUGAAGACCAAAGACAACAUUGCAGAUGCCAUCUCUCGUCGUGAGCUGGGGCUUGAGGACGGCGCCUACGUGGUGCGGUCCUGGUGGUCGCCUACCAGGAAAUGCACCUUGCUUCCGAGACUUGAUGCUUGGACUCUGGCAGCAAACCCAAGCACUGCUGCAGCAGGCUGCCCUGAGACACCUCUUGCAUUUACUUACUACGUGGCUAUCCCGCUUCCUCAAGCGAUCAAUGCAGUUGCUGACGGCUGCGUUGAUCUCUGCAAGCAGGACACCCAGCCUGUGCUGACUUGCUUGGCCCGCAACUUCAGUGCUGCAGGGCGUGAGAACCCGUUUGUCAUGGACCAGGUCCACCCGGACCCGGUGUUUCCAUUGUGUUCUUCCAGCACCACAGCGAUGGGCGUCGGUUUCUUUGCGUACAAGUCCGAACAUCUUCUGCUGCUGGAGAUGAGUGCGCCACAGCUGCUGCAGAAGAAGGCCCCGAUCGAGCAUCCUCUUGGAAGCUUCUGGCUUUUGCCAGCUUCGGUGGCCUUGGAGAAGAUCGAUUCGGGUGACCUGCUUUUGCGCAAGGCAGCCUUCAGCAUGACGCAAACAUCUACACAGGACGCGGAGCCCAUGAGCAAGUUCAUCCAAGAAGCCCAGGCACUGCACUUGCAGUCACGCAAGCGCAAGCUGGAAGACCGCAUCGAGGAGCUGAAGCUGGAGCUCGGAGUCGAUCAGCAGAACUUGACGAAGGUCAAGCGGCAGCUUGCUUCCCUGGCCGAGAGCCAGUCCAGCUGA